AUGUCCAGCAGCUGUAGGAUGAAACCCUUGAAACUGAAUACCCUGGUGAGCUGGUGACGUUCCAGACCUGAUGCUUUCAGUGUCUUCUCUGUUCUCUAUGCUGUCAAUGUCCUGUUACAUGAACAACACAGCUUUUGUUUGUGGGAAACAGAAGAGGUGGGUGUCUCUGGGGAAGACAUCUCUGCAAGAAGAUGCAGGCAUGCUGAAGACUUCUGAAAAGUGAGCAAUGAAUCCUUCUGAAAGCUGAAGAGAAGCCCCCUUGUAGGGUCAUGAACCUAAGACAAGUGUUCGUGUCUGUACUGCUGUUUGGAGUAGCUGGUCUACUCCUCUUCAUGUACCUGCAAGCUUGGAUUGAAGAACAACAUACAGAGUCUGGAAAAAAACUGCAACGAGAGACAAUUAAUCAGGAUUUCACGCUCCAGCCUCUGGGGAUGCCAAGGAAAGCAGCGUGGAGGAGAAGUGCUCCUGUGGGCCUCAGUAACCAGGAGAUGGCUGUCUCAAGCAGCAGGCACUGGCGGGGCAGGGCUGACCCUUUCGGUGUGGUGGCUGCCUCCACGGGGAGCCGGCUCCCUGAGCAGCAGAAGACGAGUGAGUCCCCUCUCAGCUGGUUCAGAGGGCUGUAUUUACCUCCUGCUCUGCACCCAUUAAACAAGACGUUUGUCAAGGGUGGUGAGUGGCAGGACAUAGACAGCGCCCAGGAAAAGCGCAGGGCCUUUCUGCAGGACUUCUGUAGGAAAUACAACAGCAGAAAGAAGCUGCAAACCCACCUGGUGCACCUAGUGUCAAGAAUUUACGUAGAGGACAGGCACAAGGUUCUGUACUGUGAAGUGCCAAAAGCAGGCUGCUCCAACUGGAAAAGGGUCCUCAUGGUGCUCAGCGGACUCGCUGCUUCAGCAAACAACAUCUCCCAUGAUGAUGUGCACUAUGGAAAGCACCUGAGGAAACUGGACAGUUAUGACCUAAAAGGGAUCUACGCACGCUUGAACAUGUACACCAAGUUUAUAUUUGUACGUGAUCCUAUGGAAAGACUGGUAUCUGCCUUCAGGGAUAAGUUUGAACACCCAAACAGCUAUUACCAUCCGGUGUUUGGGAAGGCAAUAAUUAAAAAGUAUAGACAUAAUGCAGAUGAAGAAGCACUGAAAACAGGAUCGGGAGUUAAGUUCAAAGAGUUUAUCCAAUAUUUGUUGGAUUCCCACCGACCAGUAGGAAUGGACAUUCACUGGGAGCAAGUCAGUAAGCUCUGCUAUCCCUGCCUCAUCAACUAUGAUUUUAUAGGAAAGUUUGAAACCCUGGAAGAAGAUGCCAAUUACUUUCUGCAGCUGGUAGGUGCUCCAGCCAAUCUGAAGUUCCCUAAAUUCAAAGACAGACAUUCCUCUGAUGAGAGAACAAGUACAGAAGUAGUGAGGCAAUAUUUAAAGGAAUUGUCUAAGGAGGAGAGACAGCUGACCUAUGACUUCUAUUACUUGGAUUACCUAAUGUUCAAUUAUACAUCACCACUUGUAUAGCACUAGAAUAGCUUCAGGCUUCUACUAGAUACUUAUCAUGUUGGGAUUCAAAACAACUACUUUGAUAUCAGCCCUGAAAGGAAACGAAGUUACUGCUAAGUAGAGUUGUCUUGAAUUAGUGGGGAUUUUAUAAGCUAGAGUGAUAUCAAUUGAUACUAAAUUACGGAGAAUGCAAAGAAAAAAAAGACCUGUAAACAGCAUAAAUUGCACUAAAAUGCCUGAAAAAGCUGUUUUUACCAUUAUGGAUUAUUCUAUGGAAGCAGUAGCUCAGACAGCUGUUGCAUUAGCUUACCUAAUGUUCUUUUAAUGGUUUGAGGAAAAAAAUUCAGAGUGGAAUGAAUCUUUUUUUGGUUUGUUUGCCUUAGAAAUGGGUUUUGAAAAAACUUUUGAUUGUAUUUUUACUUUCUGUCACUUAUUAAUAAAGAAUCAUUGGCUAAUUUUCUAAAAUGUUUACAGUGUUCUCAGUUGCAAGGCUUGUUUUUUUGAUUACUAUUAGACUGUAGCCAAUUUUAGACCUGACUUUUUUAUUGAAGGACGCUCUUGAAUACAAAUGCAUCAAACUAAAAAUAACAGAGCAGCUCAGUUGAUGAGCAGAGUAGAUUUGGGUAAGCCUGUGAAGGACCCGUCCACUGCCUCAUUUUGAUUGAUGCACUGGAGUUGACAAGUUUGACCCUCCUUUCUGCUGCUGCAUUCAACGAAAUUAAGAUUUUAAUGCACAGUGGAUGCAUCAUUACACAUGAUACCUGCAUACUGUGGUCCCAAUAUUCAUGGUAGUCUUCAUUUGUGGCGAGAUGGACUAAGUUUCAGCCUGGCAGCUCUGGGAUAUUCUAAGGUCUGUACUGAGAAGCAACUUCAAUGCAACUGCUGUGACCAUUCUCAGUCUGCUGGGGUCUGGUUACCAACCCAGCUGUUACAGAGAAGGUGUGUGUGCCCAUUGCCUCCCAAACCUACAAACUGGCUCUGCCCUCAAAGCUCCCUGAAGUCACCUGUGUUUUGCUGUCCUGCCUGCCUUGCCAGUGGUCACCAAGCCCAAGGAAUGGGGUGUGUGGUACAGUUUUACGUGCUGUAAUGGGUAUUGGUAAUUUGUCCUAGGGGAAGAUGUGUCCAGAAUCCCACAGUCCUGGUUUGAAAAGAUACCUUCUACCCUUCUCUUCCCUGUCCUCCCACAAGUGCUGCCUGACCAAAACAUGCAGUUGUUCCUGCAACCUGUCUUGCCCAGUGGCCAGGGUGUUCCAGGAGGAGGAGAAAUCUCUGGAAAAUCAUAGGAUCAUAGAACCAUUAAAAAGACCUCUAAGAUCAUUGAGUCCAACAGUUAACCUAACAGUACCAAGUCCAUCAGUAGAUCAAAUCUCUAAAUGGAUAGAGAAAAAUCUCUAUGCCCUCCCACAAUAAAGAUGUCUCCCAUGCCUUUCUUUCUGAAAUGGUUUGGUGCAUCUUGCUCCAGUGCUUUGAUAUAGCAAGUUGUAGGGUGAGGAAACAGCCUGACAGGAAAGUGAUGCAAAUAAAAUGUUCUUUUCCUCUGUUCCCAAGCAUUGGUCACAACUACUGCUAUUAUUGUUUUCUUUUCCUUCAUCUCAGAGAAAGCGUGAUGUACGGAUUCAGUCCUUUCCAACCGAAAGGCCAGACCAUUUCCUAGGUACCCUCACUGCUUGAUUCUCUCUCAGUUUUCUCCUCAGAAGAGGAAAAAAAGCCACCUCCAGUCUCCAUGGUGCCAGAAUAUGAUCAAACAGGCUCUGCACGUCUCUUCUUGUGGCAGGACAAGCCACUCCAAGGAGAAAAGGUAAAAGCACACUAGGCAGCCCAAGCCAGGGGUUGUUCUGUGGCUAGCAACACCCAUAGCUUAAACCAUCCUGUUCCAAGGACAGAACAUGAAGCAAAGAGGAGAAGCAAAAAGCUAUCUAUCAGCAUGAGCUGUGGGGAGAUGCAUUUGCUGAGCACCAGUGAGAAGUUGCAAGGAUGCCUUGGACAGGUAAACACACACAUUGUAGCUUGUGUGAGCUGUUGCUGUGCAUGGGUGGACCCACAGGUGUUAACACCCAGAUGUGUUUGGGAGGGGACACCUGGCAAUUGAACCUCCCCCACGCAUGCUUCUCCUCAGGUGAACAAAAAUCUCCCCCUUUUAACACAGGAUGGUGUUCAACUCCCACCUUCCCUGUCAGAAAUCCCUCCUGGUUCUCCUGUGGGCUCCACCCCACAUCUUGCAACCCAAGACAAUUAAAGAAGACCUCCUGAAAGUUUUGAUUUUGUACCGUGCAACCUUCUAAGUCAUGUGAAAACUGCCUUGGAUUUGACCUUGGUUUGACCUCUUGAUUCUCUGCUUUGUAAGUAUUGGAUUCAACCUCAAAUCCUGAGUGAAUCUCUCUUGCCUUACAGGAAGACCAAUGAAUAUAAUAAAUUUAAAUAAAAAAUAAAUGUCCACCAA